AUGUGGUUUGUGAGCAAAGAACUUAAAGAAAUCUCUCCUCCCAAAAGCUCCCAUCCAAGAAGAUAUUGUUUUGAUUCCACCCCGUCUUCUCCAGCAUUCCAGCUUGAGGGCAGGCAACUUUCAAUCAGUUUGCAUGUAUAUGGACCCGUCGAAAUCAGUCCGCACAAGCCUCAAAAAGCCCCAAAAUUUUUCCAAUUGUCGCCGCAGGUUGGAAUUACGAGACUGAUCGUUGCCCUCGCCCUUGUCGCGGUGGCGACCGCCACCAAGACGGCCCAGAGGCCCAACCCCCAGCCCGUGCCGCCCCCGCCGCCGAGCGCCUUCAGGUUCGGCCACCCCAACAAGUUCGACACCAUCCCGCCCUCAGUGAGGUUCCAGCAGCAGCAGCAGCCUGGCUCGAUCCGCUUCAACCCCUCCACUGGCAACACCUUCACCGCGAUCCGCACCCCCACGGCCCAGACCGGCUUCGUGGCGCAGGCCAGCGAGGAGUCACCUGUUUUCGCAGUGGCGCCGCCCAGUGACUUCACCGUGCCGACCCAGGGCGAGCGCGGACUCCAGAACGACUUCCAGCAGACCUUCCAGCAGGGCUUCUCUCAGCAGCUCCAGAACGACGCGGUCAGCAACAACUACGGCACCCCCAAGUCCGAAGCCAGUGUAUGGGCCUCCUAA